UGAGUAAACACUGGGUAAGAAACCUGGUUCGCAACCAUUACCCGAGAGCUGAUAACCACAUCCACUUCUUGAGAUAACAGAAGUCUUUGACAAGACAAAGUAUGACGGUCUCAGCAAUGCCAUUACUGCUCCUACUAACGUGGCUCAGUUUGAGACCCAGUGCAGGCUCCACUCCUGAGAUCUGCCGGGGAGUUUACUGCUACACAGCGGCCAGCGCUGAGCGGAGCUGGCCGUGUACCGGAGCUCACUGCCAGGGCAGGUCGUUCAGACCGUCCCGGGGGAACUUGGACAACAUUCAGGACAGGACGAGCAUAGCCUUUAGGGGCUACCAGAGGACCGGCGGCGCGGGGGCGAGCUCCAGGUCCACCUCCGAUCCCAACACCAUCCUACACGCUGUGAGGAGGAAGGAGAUCACCAGGGUGCCAAUUCCUGGCAACGGGGGGCUUUGCCCUGGGGGCGACUGCCCGGGCAGACACCCCAACUCGAACGACACCCAAGAAUGCAAAGGCAUCGAGUGCAGGUUGCCGCUGAGGAGCCGCCUGAAGCCCAAAGCCCGAGGUCACUGUGCCGGAGAGCACUGUUCUCCUGCUCCUGUUGGAUUAGAGGCAGAAGUUCUUGGACAAUCCAGCCCUAUUCACAUGCCUGAUCGAGCAGCUCAGUUCAUUGGGGAGAUCCCUGAUCUCAGCUAUUCAACAACAGAGCUAGGAGGAGCAGCGCUGGGAGUCCAGCUAACCUGUGACAUAAAACCAGGAGACAAUGAGGUGCCGUCUGAAGAUGCCUUGAUCUUGCAGCUCCAGUUGUCGAAGGGACAAGAGAAAUUUGUGGAAAUGCUGAAGAGUCAACAGAAAACAAUCGGUGAUUUGCAGCAGAGGCUCACGGAGCAACAGGCCAUGUUGAUAAACCAGCAAAGAGAAAUUCUGGCGCAGCAGAGGAAGAUGUUUGAACAGAUGGAGCUGGUGAAAGUCCAGUACACCAUGCUGUUCAAUACCAUUAAGCAGACAUCGUUUUCAAACUUGCAGACUGAGGUUCAGAACCAGUUCGAGUCUCACCUUCAGGGUCUGCAGAGUCAGUUACAGAGUCAACUGCAAAAGACAUAUGCUGUGCACAAAGUGGAAUUGGAUGCAAAGGUGAUUGGUGUCAGUGACCACCUUCUGGAGUGUGGUUUGUGCCGAAGUGAUGAAUAUUGUGAUUUCCAGAAGACACCACCUCAAUGCGAGAGGUGUACCAUGUGUCCGACGGGGUUUUUCCAGGUGUCUGAGUGCUCCGCCACUGCUGACCGAAUAUGUCAGGACAAAGAUGAGUGUCUGGAAUCGGUAAAUCUUUGUGGCGAUCGGAUAAAAUGUCUUAACACUCCAGGUGGUUUCAGGUGUCUGGGCAUUGCUGAAAGGGACAUGGCCUCGGGGUUUUGUGGACAUGACUACUUCUUUAACAAAGAAAUGCAGGAAUGCCAGGCCUGUUCAUUGUGUGUUGAAGGCAGAGUAGCGCUCCAGUGCUCUCUGCACAGCGAUACCAUUUGCACCCAGUUGCCCGAGAACCAUCUCUCAGAAUCAUGGUCAACGAACACCGAAGUCCCAUUGCCAAAACUUGAACAGGGCCCAGUUCACCUGGGCUUGAAUCUUCCCUUAAAGGGAAAGCUGCAGUCUGACCUGGCGACGAAUGAAGAUGGCAGGUUGGUCUUCAGGCAGCACGGACUGAUCUGGGCCGAUUACAACUUUGCCAUCAGACAUGACUGUAGAAACUUUCUCCAGUUUUCACUGAGAUUGAACGAGGAGGAGCAGGGUUGUGACCUCAGUAGUGUCCGUGUUGAACAACCUGAGGGGAAAUACUACCAGAGCAGCAGCGUGAGUGGCUCAGCUGAGGUGGAGCCCAGCCAAACACUCCAUCUCUUCAUGAAAAGCCCCAAUCAGUUCUGUAACCAAAGCAACGACCUCAACUUCUACCCCCUCCAGAACGCAUUCAGCUUCUUCUGGCUGUCUCAUGACACAGGAGCAGUGGCCAUGAGUGCGCACAUGGCAAGCUCGGUCCACUACCAGAUCAACUAUCGGCCUGUCUUCAAGGUCAUUUCCAUCUCCGAUCCCUACAUGAUCACCUUAUUCCAUGAUGGCAGAGCUGUGAGAUUCACAGAGCAAGGGGUCAUAAAGUUCGUGUAUCACCAAGCCCUAUAUGCAAUGGGCCACACGUGUGUUCGAGAAGGCUUCACAGUACUCUCCUACAUUAACAGGAAUGGGACAAAUGAAGAGUUAAUGCAAGUUUAUAAACCUGGUGUCAACUAUCGUGAUACCUCAAUUACUGCCUCUGGAGCUGCCAUGGUGAACGGCGGAGAUACAAUCAGCUUUCAGAUCCAUUCUCCUGCACAAUGCAGUGUACGCUACUUUGGAGACACCUCUGGGAUCAGUGUUUUCAGCCUGAUUUGGAUUCCUUCAGCCAUUUCCUCAGCUCUUCUGCUUGAAGUUUCGGGGUCUGCAUUACCAACAGGAGCUGUGAGGAAUAAGUUUCUCAGUUUCCAAGAGGUUUCGCCAGUAACAGAACAGAACCAGAUCGCACUGGUGACACAUGGGCAAUUUGCACACAAGUAUGUUCUGUUCUGCCACAGUGGAGUGGCCAGCCUUGCAUUCAACAUCAAACUGAUUCACUCUUGUGAUAUCAUCAAAGUUACCCUGAACAAAUUGCAGAGUGAUCACACCCAGCCAUCUGCUGUCGCCCGCCAAAUUGGUGGUCAGAUGCCUGUGGGUAGUCAAUGGGCAAGUGUUGGCCUAAGUGCCUCGUUUGCUGUCCGGAAUGGCACAAUGGCAGCCAUCUCCCUGGACUGUGUACGAGGACGGAUUAAUCAGAUUGCACAUGGGCAUGAGACCACCCUCUCAAUUUUAUGGGUUUCAUCCUGAAUUGUACUGUUGAAUGGAGGAAUAUCUUCAGUGCUUAAGGGAAGCUACAUGAAGUGAAUAAAACAUCACUGAAGUUAUAACUGGUUUCAGAUAAUGGACUCCAACUGUAGCUGAUGAAGGUUUUAAAGUUCUUUACUGUGAUCUUUGAAGCAGGGAGGAACCACAAUUAAAAACCAUGGAUGUCAAUGUAAAUGUUGGGCCCCUCCCCACAGCCCCCUCCCCGAGCUGACAUUUAUCUAUUAAGCCAGACAAAUGGAAAGAAAUGGAAGGCAAGACAAUCCAAACUGACUAUGCGUGUGCUGAAAGAUUUCUACUGCACAUUGUAACUGCUGCUUUAAAGAAUAUUGUGUCAUGGAUCCAAAUUGUGACCCAGCAAAUAAUUUUUUGGUACAGGUCUCCCCGCUUACGGAUGACGGUAAUUUGUCUGUCAUAAUGUGGUGGUGCUAUGACUAUAUGAUAAGAAUGUAACUUCUGUAAAAGUGAUCUUUUGCCCAGUCAUUUCCAUCUUCUCAGCUUUAUUUAAACUGAAGUUAGUGCUUAGUACAAGCUAUAGCCACCAUUCCAACCCUCUAAAACCAUUAGAAGAACUUUUAAUACAUAAAAUAAUUGAACAUGAAUAAGAUAUUUUUCAUUCAAUGUUGUUCUUGCAUUCAGUGCAUCUUAACAAGCUGUAACUAGCUGCUUCUGCCUGAAGUAAAAUGAAUACUUAAGACACAAUAAUCAGCAACUUUGAAAUUGAUGUUAAUGCAAAUGGAUAAUGAUUAUUGCUUUUUGACCAAUGUAAGCAAAGACCUGUUUUCAGUGGUGGGAUCAGUUGUUUCUCCUUUGAGUGUGGGAGGUGUCCUCUGGGCACUGCUAGGGUUCACAGCUGCUGAAAAAUAUUUAUAGUUUCUACCUCUUCAAAUAUCAGCAAUAAAAGCAAUUGACUACAGGCUGGACACAAUUUAUAGCAAUAUAAAUGAGGUUUCAUCCUCUGCCGUAAGCUCUUUUGAAAACACAACUACACAAGUACAGUGCUUCCAUGGGGAAUUUUUGCUUUCCUUUUCCUCCCUGGCGUGGUGGUGCACACUGCUUUUUGUUUGGCCCUUGGCACUUCACCAGCUGUUCAAUGUGAAAAUUAAUUUCAGUUGGCACUGCCAAUGGAUCACUAACACAGUGGAGAAAAUUUGUUCCAGUUGCUAUGUGUUACAAAAUUAUGCAUGCAUUCUUUCUGAACAUAUUUACUGUUGCUGUAUAUAGCAAACUAGAGCAAUUCUUCCCUUCAAUACAUCCACACAUGCAAGAAGCCAGUGGAAACUGGGACUGUAGGCUUAUGGGAUGGUCCCUAAAGAUAAAGUAAUUAUUUUUCACUUUUUUUCCAUGUGGGGUGAAAAGGGAAAGUAAUUAUUUUUUAAAAUAUCUAUUACAAAGCAGUAUAUACAUUGGCUUUGAAAUCUGCUGUGUGAAUAUUAGUAUAGAAAUGUUUGGUGUCCAUAUUGUUAUGAUCAGGUGAGGAGGAGUCAAAUGGCUCCCCUCUUCCCCCACUCCUUGUUUUACUGCAAUAAUUUUAAAAAAGGAUAUGCUUGCCAUUCAGUGAAUGGUUAACUGUUUACGUCCUGUGACUAUAAAAGAAACAAACAGACAGGUUUCCUUGAAGUUUUUAAAAGCAAGAGAGUAUUUCUUGUACUUAACCCUGGUUCAAGAAAAAUCAUUUUAAAAAAUCUAACUUUCACAUGCACACACACACACACUCAAAGUUCACACAAGCAAAUAGAUUAUAGAAUGAGAGGAUAUGUUAAGCAAUUUAAAGUCCAGUAAAGUAAAACAGUUCUAAAAGAUUGAUGACUUGGCUGUCUUCAGGCCAAACUCGGUGGUCCUUCUCAGCUUGGUGUUGAGGCAGCUUAAAGCUGUAGACAGAUGACUUAUCUGUUCUUUUGAAGAUAGCAGCUGCUGGGGUGAGUUCUUUUUAAAAAUUUCCAUCUGCCGCAUAUGGAGAGUCAAUAAAACAGCAAACAGUGUUAGAAACUUGCAAUUUGUAUGGAAAGAGAGCGAGAGACUCACACCAGGAUCUUGCUUCUUCAGUGCCUCAUUUACUUGUGUUGGUCUGCAGAGAAAACAGCUUCUUAAACACAGCGAGUUAGCUGGCUUGUCACAUGACCCUCUCCAACUGCCCAGCUACCCCAAAUAUGGUUGUGGUACAGUGGAUUCCAAAUGCAUAGCUUACAUGAUUAGAUGAUGUUUAGCCAAAUUCCCUUCACAACCAGAAGUCCAUUGUCCAAGUAAUUAUGUCUAAUGGUUUGGCUCCACCCAGUUGAGCAUCCAGGUAAUUGUCUGGAUGCCUUGCUAAUGCAAAAACUCAUUCAUACUUCAUCAAGGUAAUUGUUCCCGGUGAGGAUUUGCAGAUAGGUUUCCUCCAUUUUAAUAACUUUGACAUGUACAAGGUACAGUAAUGCAAAUGUUUGACCAUCUUUGACUGUGAUUUCAAGUCCAUGGAAUGGGAUUUUUAUUUGGCUGCCACUGAAUCUGGCACUAAAUAAGUUAGUGAGUCUGUAUUUUAGUUAAGGCCACAAGUUUUGCAAUUAUGUUUUCUAUUAAAACUAAGAAUCAUAUGCAUGUUUCUAUUUCAAAUCUUUUGCCAAAAAUGUACAGUGAAUGUUUAAUAACAUUUUGAUGCUGUUUUCAUUUUUAUUAACUAUGUAAUGUAUCAGAACAGUGCCACUGUUACCAAUUCAGAAGUAUAACCUGUUUAUACUAUUUAUAAUAUCAACAUAUAUUGUAGCAGAAAGAUUAAAACAUUUUGUUUCCAA